AUGGACCUCCUAGAAACACCUUGUCCACGACCGGCAAACCGCCGUCUAAAACGUCGUCGUCCCACAUCUCCUGGCCCAAACUCUUCGUCCCUCCCUACCCCAUCAACUACCGAUCUAAAGUCAUCACGUCCACGUCGUUCCUUAACAUCUCUCUCAAUCCUUCCGAAACGUCGCAAGAUUCCUAUCAGCCUAGUUCAAAAAUCUGCUAUAAAUAAGAAACCGGCUUCUCAACUACCAAGGUCUUCUAUCGGAAAUCAAAGCGAUACUAGUAUCAUACAGAAUACUUCGUUGGAAGAAUCGAUUGGAGGUCAGGAUGAGUCGACCAUUCUUAUACACAACAGACGGAUGUCCCUCAGAUCUCACACAAUCCCGACAUCUCCUAUCCUCCCGCGACAAGAUACCAACAGUUCUGUUCUACAUGCUGAUAUCUCUGCCAUGGAUUCUACAUCCUCCACCAUCUUUCCAACUUCUUCGCCAAAUUCGUCAUCCCAAUCAAUAUUAACAAAACCACCGGCUCCACCUCCUAAGAAACGACGAAGAAUAUCCGAAAUAGUGCGUCGAGUAGCUGCAUCCGCUGUUACGAAAGCCACUACUUCAAGCGCAAAUACUUCAAAACCAAGGACUUCUAUAGCAAGAACUACUACCAAACCAAUUACCGUCAAGCCAACAAAAGCAAUUGAUAAGAAGAAGAUCCCAAUAAAGCCAAAACCAGCCGUUGAAACAAAAACGAAAACAGCUUCUACAGCCACCACCUUACGUCCAGCUCUGAAAUCAAUAUCUCGAGGCAUGAACCCUCCUUCUCGACCCCUCCCCGCCCAUGACCUCAAAAAACAACCUUCAACGCUCAACCGUCUCCGUCUCCAAAAACCUAAAUCCCACUCUGACUCGGAGUCCUUCCGGAAGCCACUCAACCCCUCCAGGAAACCCGCCCGGAAAUCUGCUUCCUCAUACCCACCCCUCUUAUCAACCGACCAAUCUCUCAAACCAGAGCUCUACGCAUCAACCGCAUGGCUAUCAACCCAAGAAACUCUCCUAACCCAGAUUCUUGACUCUAUUUUAAUCGAAGGAACAAAUCGCUCCGCACAGCCUCUUGGAGUCAUCAGAAAGGAACUACUAUCCCUCUACAACACAGAUGCAUACUGUCUGCUUCAAGACCGCCUGAAAGCUUCAAUCCUUCACGGCAUCCUAAAACCUUCUGAGGAAUCACUCUCCCAAAACCCAAAACUCUCAGAAGAUCUCGGCGCACGGGAUAAAUUCACCAAGCUAUUUCUAGAAUCAUACAACCCUCUCAUCCUCCGUCUGUGUAUGGAGGUAGUAACCGGCCGCCUACUAAACACCUCUACAAAAAUUCCAACCGACCUUGAAAUCCGAAAAUUCUUUGAUACAUUCUUCGUGGAUAUCAACGAUCAAAACGAAGAAGGUGGGGAUGAACAAUGGGAGAGUUAUGGUGCAAAUGCGCAUGGGACGUUACGGGUGUGGACCGAAACCGAGGUUCCUAGCGAUAAGGCAUGGGCAUUGAGAAGAACAAUACUGAGAACUCUGCUAUUGGUACGUUUGAUCGAUGAUGCCAAGUCAUCUGGAAUAUUUGGAGACUUGGUAUUCAGAAGGUCCUCGGAGAUGAAGAGUUCGGAAGAGGUACUCGUGGCUGUUGGGAAGAUGGUAUUACCUUCUCUUGGGAAUAUGGCGAAAGGUGUAAAGGGGUGUGGAUAUCUCCUUAAAGUGGAGCAGAAGUCCGACGAGGAGUACGAAUACGCUAUCAAGAAUUUGAGGGUUGAUUUAAGAGAUGGUGUUAGGUUGGCAAAAGUUGUGGAAUUAGUAUUGAAGGAGAAAGUUGAGGGCAUUCUAAUGAACCCGAAGAGCAAAGGAGAAAAAUUGGUGAACGUGGAAAAGGUAAUAUCGGUCCUGUACAGAAAUGGAGUGGUACCCCUAGGAACUGUGAGGUCCAAAGAUGUGGUUGAUGGACAUCGAGAGGUUACGUUGAGUUUACUGUGGGCGGUUUUGGUGGAGAAAGGAGUUAAGUAUCUUGUUGAUUUUGAAGAGGUGGAGAAGGAGGUUACUAGGCUUCAAACAAAGUACAAAAUUGUGGAAGCCGCUAAGGAGGAUGAGAGUGGUGAAGAAGGAUUGAACAAAUUAGAAACGUGGGUCAGGAUUGUUGCUGUCGGGCGAGGAAUCGACGUCGAGAAAGGGAUUGGAGGAGUAAUGAAAAAUAACGUACUCGAAGCAGUGUUGGAGGAGUAUGAACCCUUGAUCGAUGGCGGAAAUACAACCGUUACAACUACCUCGACAGAAAAGGAAGGACGAUUGAAAAGGCAGCUAAAGAGCUUCGGAUGCAGCGAUUCCUUCAUAAAAGCCUUCACACCCGAUGGAAAAACAGUCGUUAAUUCGCGGUUCGUACUCGCUACGUUGGCAUUCCUGGCAUCGAGAGUAUUAUCUUCAACGAAGAUUACAAGAUCCGCGGUGAAGAUUCAACAAUGGUGGAGAGCUGUGGAGUUUAGAAGGAAUAUAUCAAGAAAAGUUGGAGAGUUGCUUCAGGAAGCUGAGGAACAUGAAGCAGCCAUUGAGGAGUUUAGGAGAAAGUGGGCAGCGAAGAGGAUCCAAAGAGCUUGGAAGAUUGCAGUGGAAAGAAAAGUUACGGAGUUAGUGGAGAUCGUGGUGGGGAUCCAAGCGCUCGCCCGGGGUUGUUUGGUGAGGAGGAAGGUAGACUGUAGGUAUAAACCUGGAGGAAAGAAGGCUGAAAAGGUGGAAAAGCAAGAAGAGAAAAAGGAAGAUCCGUAUAAAUUGAAGAAAGAGGAGAAGAUAGGAAAGAAAGGGAGGAGGAGGAUCAAACAUGUUGAGGCCUUUGUGGAAGAUAACCAUGAUGGUGGUGAUAUUGAUAUUUGGCAGGAGUUGGCUGAUGGGGAGUAG